CGAAUAUAAAUUGAUCGACAUGCCUAUUUAUUUUGUGUUUGUGGACUCAAUUAUGUCAUUAUUUUCCAAGUUACUUGCCCACUCUACUCCCUCGAAUAUGUCAACAAGAUACCAAAGUUUUGUUUUUGUCAUUAUUUUCCUUUUGAGUCACCAUUCAUCAUUUGGUUGUUUUGAACAAGAGAGGCAAGCACUUGUUGAACUCAAAGGAAGUUUUAAUGAUCCAUCAUUUAGACUUUCCUCUUGGGAAGGAAAUCAUUGUUGCAUAUGGAAAGGUAUUAGUUGCAACAAUAUUACAGGACAUGUUGUCAAAAUUGACCUUAGGAAUCCAUGCUACCCACAUAGAGGAGAAGAUUAUCAAUCAAACUGUUCCUUCUCAAAAUAUAAGCUUGAAUCUCAAUAUAUCCAUCAUUCUCUUUCAAAGUUCAAAUAUCUUAGCUAUUUGGACCUUAGUGGAAACAAUUUUAAUUCAAGUCCAAUACCAACAUGGUUUCAUUCUAUCAACCAUUUACAAUUCCUUUCUCUCUCUGAUUCCCAUUUUAGUGGCAUGAUUCCAAAUAAUCUAGGAAACCUCACAAAAUUGUACUAUCUUGAUCUCAGCUUCAAUUCUUGGUUACAUUCUGAUGACAUCAAUUGGAUUUCAAAACUUCCAUUGCUUCAAUAUCUUUACAUGAGUGAUGUUUUUCUUGGAAAGAUACACAAUUUAUUCAUGGUACUUAACAUGCUUCCUUCUUUGUUACAAUUAGACUUGAUUAACUGCAGUUUAACCAAGAUGCACGGUAAUGAUCAUCAACAUGUUCGUUACACAAAUUUUUCUGGCAUCGAGUCUCUCAAUCUUGCAGAUAAUAAACUUGAUGCCUCAGAUUUGAAUGCUUUAAGAUACAUGAGUACUUCAGUUGAAUUUAUUGACCUUUCUAACAACAGUCUCAGUUCAGUUCCAUUUUGGUUGAGUAAUUGUGCCAAACUUGCCUCUCUCUUUCUUGGAAACAAUGCUCUUAAUGGCUCAAUUCCACCCCCUCUUCAAAAUUUGACUUCUUUGAUAGAGCUUGAUCUUUCCCAAAAUAACAUUGAAUUUGUUCCAUUGUGGUUUGGUGGGUUACAAAGUCUUUUGUAUCUCAAUCUUUCAUUGAAUCAUGUAAGCCAUAUUGAGGACUCUUUACCAACAUUUCUAGGAAAUAUGUGUAAUCUUAUAUCACUAGAUUUGUCUGGAAACAGAAUUCAAGGAAGUGCACUCAUCGGCGAGUUGCAGUCUCGCUGCGUUGGGUUUGAUUUAGAGGAACUUCAUUUGAGCAACAAUAAUUUCAAUGAUCAGCUGCCAGAAUGGUUGGGACAACUUCGAAAUAUUUUAAUUCUCGGACUUCAUUCAGGUUAUUUCCAAGGUCCUAUUCCACAUAUUUUGGGAAAAUUGUCAAACUUGCGGUAUUUAAUCCUUGCUAACAAUCACUUGAAUGGAUCUAUUCCAAACUCUCUGGGAAAACUGGUAAACCUAAGCUCCUUAAACAUUUCUAAUAACCACUUGAUAGGAGGUUUUCCUUGCAGUAUAACAUCACUUGUCAAUUUACAGUAUUUAAUUCUGAACAACAAUAAUUUGACUGGGUCUCUUCCUAAUUGUAUUGGACAAUUUGUUAACCUAAACACCUUGAUGAUUUCUUCUAAUCAUUUUUAUGGUGUUAUUCCUAUGAGUAUUGAGCAAUUAGUUAGCCUAGAAAACCUUGAUGUGUCAGAAAACUUUUUGAAUGGUACAAUCCCACAAAAUAUUGGUCAACUUUCAAAUUUGCAUACCCUCUAUCUUAGUGAAAACAAUUUGCAAGGGAAAUUUCCUCAAAGUUUUGGUAAACUUAAGAACCUGCAAAAUUUAGACUUGUCUCUCAACCAUUUAGAAGGCAUGUUUUCUGAGAUAAAAUUUCCUAAGUCACUAGCCUAUUUGAACCUCACCAAUAACCAUAUCACUGGAUCACUUCCCCAAAAUAUUGCUCAAACAUUUCCCAAUCUCACUCACUUGCUUCUUGGAAACAACCUCAUAAAUGAUUCCGUUCCAUAUUCAUUGUGCAAAAUAAACUCUUUGUACCAAAUUGACCUUUCAGGCAACAAUUUAGUUGGCAACAUUCCUAAUUGUUGGAGUUCAACUCAAAGAUUGAAUGAGAUAAACCUAUCAUCUAACAAACUAUCCGGAGUUAUUCCAAGCUCGUUCGGUCAUCUUUCGAAUUUGGUUUGGUUACAUUUGAACAAUAAUAGUCUUCAGGGGAAGAUUCCAAAACUGUGGAGGAAUUUAAAACAAUUGUUAAUCUUAGAUAUUGGAGAUAAUCAAAUAUCAGGGACUAUACCUUCAUGGAUUGGGGACAUUUUCUCCUUAAUCAAAAUUCUUGGGUUAAGACAAAACAAGUUCCAAGGAUACAUUCCAUCACAACUUUGCAAACUUUCAGCUUUGCAAAUCUUGGACCUUUCUAACAACAUGUUGAUAGGUUCAAUCCCUCACUGCAUUGGGAAUCUUACAGCAAUGGUUCAAGGUAACAAACCAUUAGUUUCCUUAGCUCCCGGAGAGCCGAGGUAUUUUGAAUGGUAUGAACAAGAUAUGAGUCUAGUCACUAAAGGAAGAGAAUAUCAUUAUACAAGAAAUCUAAAACUUGUAGCCACUGUGGAUUUAUCAAACAACAAUUUGAAUGGACCUAUUCCGAAAGGGAUAACUCGUCUUACUGCUUUGAUAGGCCUAAAUCUAUCACGCAAUCAUUUGUCUGGUGAAAUUCCUACAACCAUUGGCGACAUGAGGUCACUUGAAUCAUUAGACCUUUCUCAUGAUCAACUUUCAGGCUCAAUUCCACACAUUAUGUCUAGCUUAACUUUUCUAAGUGUCCUAAACGUGUCCUACAACAACCUUUCAGGACCAAUUCCACAAGGCAACCAAUUUUUCACAUUUAAUGAUCCAUAUAUUUAUGUUGGCAACAAAUUUCUUUGUGGUUCACCAUUGUCCAAUUGUGAUCCUGAUGAAAAUUAUAGAGAUGAAAAUGGAGAUGAAGAUGACAAAGACGACAAGGUUGAGGAAUUGUGGUUUUACUUUGUGGUAGCACUUGGAUUCGCUACUGGAUUUUGGGCGGUGAUUGGAGUUUUGUUGUUGAAGAAGGGUUGGAGGCAUGCUUGCUUUAGAUGUAUGGAUGAGGUAGUGCACAAGAUAAUAUGGUGAAUUGAAGAAGGGUUUGGAGUUUCAAUUUGGUGAACAUGGGAAAUUUUCUGGGCUUUUGAUUUGGGAUUUUGGUGUAGUUGGCCAUGGAAGAAAUCGAAGAUGAAGGUGACAUGUCACGAUCCAAUCGCUAGUCAUGACCGGCGCACAAGCCACCACUAACUAACUCUGUAUUUAGUCUGGCAAGCCUAAUACAGUGUAACAAAUAUACUUAUUGAAAAUAUAGUUACUGAGAUUAUAGCUCAACAGGAGGAUCCCUGGUCCUCCCUAUUGCUUUAUAUGCUUUCUAGUACUAUGGUUGUAUUCUUCAUUUUCCAUUAUUAUCGAUGUAGUAAGUACUCCUACUCAAUUUUAUUUUAUUUUUCUUUCAAAGUCUAUCAAUUGCAGUGAAAAUUAACCUUGCAACACUGUUAUAGUAAGCUAAAAUCAAACUUCAACUCUAGUCUAUUUUAAUUCACAUCAAUUUCUCACAAACAAUCUCAUCAUCUUAAAUACCCACAUUAUAUGUAUUGAUAAUCUAAGAACAUUGAAAAUUAUAAGAACACUUGUCCUUAUCAAGAAUAAGAUUUAGGUAUGUAUCAUAUAUUUCAAUCAAGUCCUAUGUUAAGCAACAACACACACACUACUGGUUUCCAAGUUUGGUAAAUUAUCUACUCAAAAAUAUUUCAAUUUUCAAUCCAAUACUAGUUAACAAAAUAUAUGCUAAGAAAAACUAACAACACAGGCACAAAAUCAAUUUAAAAUCAACAUACUACUCAACUUUAUGAACCAAGAAGUCUCCCGGCAAUAGCCAUUACACAUUGGUGGCACCUCCUAUGUCACUGAAGAAGGAAUCUUCUUUGCUCAAAGCAGUAGAUGAUGUUCGUUUUGCAAAAGCAGUAGAAGGAAUUCAACAAUAUUGAGAGUGAAAAUCAGCUUAAAGAGAAAUUUCAGAUAGAUUUCAUGGUGCUUAUUUUCC